AUGAGAACGAUAGGCAGAGAAGAUACAGGUCAAAAGGCAGAAAAAGGAGCAGACCUAGAAAACACAUUCAGGUCGUUUUCGAGUAAAUUCCUAAAAACUACAUCGAUUCAAGUGCUUGACUAUAUUUGCUCCACUGACACGGCGAAAGCUGGACGAUUAUUCUACUUAAUUAUUUACAUUUUACUAAUCGCAUUAUCCUCAUAUUACACCGUGGAGAUGUACACAAAAUGGUGCAAUUCUCCAGUACUUCUGACAGAUGGUUCUGAAGGGGUAUCCAUCGCAACAUUCGCCUUCCCAGCAAUUACUAUCUGCAACCUGAACCAGGCCAAGCGUAGUGUGGCAGAGAAAAUAGAUCGUUACUCCUGGGAUUUCAUCCGUUUGGAAACCUUAUGCAAGAUGAAUGACUUUGGAUGGCUCAAUACAACCAAUGCUACUCAAUGGCCAGCAUUUCGUCAAUUUAUUUUCAACACAAUUCAACCAUGUCAUGAAAUGCUGUUAAUUUGUCAGUACGGUUUUGUUUUGGAAAACUGUAGCGAUAUUUUCCAAGCGCUUGCCACCGAUCAAGGAGCUUGUUGCAGUUUUAAUAUGAUGCACCCUGAUUUCAUUUACACGGGAGACAGUAAGGAAAGGAUUCUUGACAAAGAAAGAAAUUACAAUUUUCGAACUCCAAUCAGAUAUUCCGUAGAAAGUGGGUACCCAGAAGGCUUACCGGAUGAUUUUUAUCCUAGGAGAGUUCUAGGCACGGGCGUCAAAAUGGGGUUUACUGUUGUCUUGAAUGCAUCUUUAAAUGAAUACUUUUGCUCCUCUUCACGGAAUGCAGGCUUUAAGAUCCUUGUACACGAUGCAUCGGAACUUCCACGCAUAGCUAACUCUGCAACCCUUGUACCAACAAAGUACGAAACAAGAAUCCAAAUCAACCCUUCAUUCCGGAAUACGGCCAAAAACGUUCGUUCACUUCCCAUUAAGGAUCGAAAAUGCCUCUAUAAUUCAGAAUCAACUUUGAAGAAUUUCCGAUUGUAUACAUCAGGGAACUGUCGAUUAGAGUGUAUUGCGGACAUCAUGGAGAGAGAGUGCGGAUGCAUUCAAAUUUAUCUGCCCCGGAGAAAUGACUCUCAGAUUUGCGGCAUGGGUGACAUUCUUUGUGCGAAUCGAGUAGAGAAUGAAGUCGAUAGUCGGCUGAAGCCAGGCGGUAAAUGUAAUAACUGCUUCAGUAGUUGCGAAUAUAUUGAAUAUAAAGUGACUGUCACUCGAAGCCGUCUUCUGGCAAAGGAUCCUCAACUCGAUGAAAUCCUUCCGGCCGGAUAUAACGUAAGUGAAUUGGCCAUAGUCCAUUUCUACCAUAAUCAAAGGAGAAUACGUGUAACCAGAAUGGAGGCUUAUUUAGGCUUUAUUAACUUCUUCUCGAACAGCGGUGGAAUCUAUAGCUUAUUCUUAGGACUCAGCUUUCUGUCACUUAUUGAACUUUGCUACUUUAUAGUCUUACUUCUGUCGAAAGUUAUAAAAUACUCCAGUAAGAAGAGGCAAACAGAGGCUAAUACAAUAACCGAGCUGGAGACGUCGAACAUUUAUUUCGUGAGUUAA